AUGCCCAAAAAGAAAUCUGUGCCAUAUAUAGGAACAAAAUUGGAAUUCUUAGCUGCAGGAGGCGCGAACAAUUUACAUAAAUAUAUAAAUUCUCGACACAAGAAGUUAGGUCCUAUAUUCAAGGAAUGCUUGGGAGGUAAAACAGAUCUCGUCUUUCUAAGUGAUCCUGAGUUAAUAAGGACGCUUUUUAUGAAUUUGGAGGGUAAAUAUCCGAUUCAUAUAUUGCCAGAGCCAUGGGUUUUAUACGAAAAAGUUUAUGGAGCUCAACGGGGACUUUUCUUUAUGGAUGGCGAGGAAUGGUUGCACAAUCGACGUAUAUUAAACAAGUUUCUGUUAAAAGAGAGCGGAGACGAUUGGAUAGGGGAAUCUAUAGAAAAAACCGUUACGGAUACUAUGCAAAGUUGGAAAUUAAAUUUGGAAAAUGGGGGUCGUUUUCCAAAUAUUGACUCUGAACUGUAUAGGCUGUCGACUAAUGUUAUCGUUAAUAUUUUACUCGGUACUCAUGGUUUAGAGCAAAGCCGUCAUUAUAAUGAAAUGUUGUCAAUGUUAUCGGAUUCUGUGAAGAAAAUUUUCUAUACCACCACGAAAUUAUACAGUAUUCCCGUAAAAUGGUGUCAGAAACUCAAUUUAAAAGUGUGGAGGGAUUUCAAAGAAUCUGUUGACCUUUCACUGUUUUUAGCUAAAAAAAUUACUCGUGAAAUGAUAGUAAGUAAAAACGAAAGCGAUGGCUUAAUAAAAAGAAUGACUGAAGAAGAUAUGUCACCUGAAAUAAUUACAAGAAUUGUGUCAGACUUGAUCAUUGCCGCGGGAGAUACGGUAGGUAUGAUAGUGUAA